AGGCCAGGAGCUGAGUGGGAUGAUAACAGGAGACCAGGGCCAUUCAAGGGGAGCACUGUCUCUAAGUGGAUCCCCUGCUAAGGAGGUGUGCCAUCAUGCGGGUUUCAAGUCAUCCAGAGCAGGGUGGAAGUGAACUGAACUCUGAUGACGAAUUCCUUGGGCUUCCUUUGCUGACUUCGCCACCUCAGUUUAUCGCCGGACAUUUGGAAGAUUUGGAAGAUGCCCUCCUGUGUCCUGACCUUCCACCUGCCUACCACACUGAUGACAGCGAAGACCACAGCAGUGAGGACAGUGAGGGUGGCCAUUCUGAUGACAGCAAUGACAAGCAUGGCAGCAGGCAUGAUGACAGUGACUAUCACAGCCAGGAUGAUCACACCAAUGAUGUCUACAGCAAAGGCUAUGUCAAACUGCAAGAACAAGGAAUGUGCACAGCUUGCUGUCACCUUUGCAAUAUGCAAACUAAGUGGGAACUCAGCCACAGAAAAGCCACAGAGAGAAGAGGAAAGGCUGUAGAAAUGAAAGCAAAGGAGCUAGAAGUGUACCACGAGUGUGAAGCAAGAUGUCAAUGGAAAGAUCGUGAAGCAUUAUUUUCAGGCUCUGUUUUUCAUGAAGGGGUCACCAUGUCAGUGUCGGGUCUCCCAGAGAGCAGUGGACAGGACACGAGUUCUGAUGAAGGAGGCCUCAUGUCCCCCCAGUUUGUGCCAGGACAAUUGGAAGAUUUGGAAGAUGCCCUUCUGUGUCCCAAGCUCCAACCUGAUGUGGACAUGGAUAUGGAAGAAGAGGGAUUCGCUUUGCUGGAUGCGUGGAGUUAG